UAAAGGUGGAGUCAUGUAACAAACUCCUGUAACCGAGCUGAAGAGACGGAGGACAGACGACAACUUCUUCAAUUAUUCACAACGACAGUACAAAGCUUCGCAGAUCUCUCCAAUGGAGAUUUGAGGAGCGGAGGUUGCGGAGGGAUCACGCACGGAUUUGACGGCCGCCUAUCCGCUUUAGAAAGCAUACACAAGAAAACAUGGACUCCUUCAGCACAAAGAAUCUGGCCCUACAGGCUCAGAAGAAGCUCAUGAGCAAGAUGGCUACCAAGACGGUGGCCAAUCUGUUCAUCGAUGACACGAGCAGUGAGGUGCUGGAUGAGCUGUACCGUGCUACCAAGGAGUACACGCGUAACCGCAAGGAGGCGCAGAAGAUUAUUAAGAAUCUCAUCAAGAUGGUCGUCAAAUUAGGCGUGCUUUACCGCAACGGGCAGUUCAGCAACGAGGAGCUUCUGAUUGUCGAGCGUUUCCGCAAGAAGGUGCAUACACUCGCCAUGACCGCAGUCAGUUUCCACCAGAUUGACUUUACCUUUGACCGUCGUGUAAUGAGCAGCCUCUUAAACGACUGCCGUGAGCUGCUGCACCAGGCCAUCAACAGGCACCUCACGGCCAAAUCACACGCUCGUGUCAACCACGUCUUCAACCACUUCUCCGACUGCGACUUCCUGGCAGCACUCUACAGCCCCUCUGAGGUCUACCGUGUCCACCUGCAGAGGAUCUGUGAUGGAUUGAACAAAAUGCUGGACGAAGGCAACCUUUGACCCCACUCCUGAUUUUGUCUCACUGAGCUCUUAUCUUCUGUUGGGUUUUUAUUGUAUGUGAAUAUUUUUACAUUUAUAUAUAUAUUUUUUGUUUUUUAUUCAAAGCUCUUUCUGACUCAUUGCUCAUCUUCUGGUUGAGCUACACAGCUGCUUUUACCACAACAUUGCAACACAGUCUGUUAAAUCAUUAAAUGAACAAGAGUAUGACCCAGACAAUAAACAUUCGCUCGUAUCUGGAAGGAUUAUUCAGGGGUACUAGUUAUGAUUUAAUGUUUAAGUAGCACAUGGGCAUGCUUUCCUGAAGUUUCUUUCUUCUUGAUGACAAGUUUUAUUAUGGGUAAUUUCAUGCACUAUAAAAAAUUAAGCCGGAGGAAAUUUUUACAGUUUUUCUCUAGCAUUAGAUUAAGGUUUACAUUGUACGCCUUCAUUUUGUAGCUAGAAAAAUAAGGCGUCAGCUCCAACAGUCUUCCAAAGCCCAAUGUAAUCAAGAUCUCUAUGCAAACAUUUUAGUCAUUUCAUGUUUUAAUACCCAUAUGAGUCACAUGAAUGCAGAAUAGAAUUGGGAUUUAUAUGGAGGAGAAACCAGUUUAGUGUAUAUAAUGGUCCUAUAUCAAGCAAGUCAUUGUCCUGUUAUUUUAGUUUUAUGCUGUGACAGAUGACCUUUUCUCCCUGAUGCAGUUCCGUGGUUGGAAUGAAGGCAAAUGAGAAUGUUUCUUUCUACUACUAUUUCAUUACUUUGUUUAUAUACUUUUAUUACUGAGCCUUUAUGUGUGUUUGUGUGUGUGUGGCUGUUGGUGUAGUCACUACAGUCACGUUUAUGGCUCUGAUUGAUUAAGGCACAGUAAAAGUGAAGUAACUCAGCCAAAGAUGCAAAGCAGAAUUUAUUUUAAGUGCAGGGGGGAACAAACUCUAGCAAGAGUGCUGAUCUUUGGGUUAAAGUUCCCGUCAGCAGCACAUGACACUUCAGCAGCCUGGGUUCGAAUGUAUUUAAAGAUGUGAUGUAAAAGUUGAUUUUGAACCUUAAACCACUUACAGUUCCCUUGAUAACUUGAGCAGCUGUUUAGUUAAGGACCUUGGUGAACGGGCUUAUCUCUAUAGGUGCCCAGUGGGUGUGCAAAUCAUUUACAGGCUGUUUCUGCGUGUAGAGAUCCUGUCCAGUGCAUUAUUGUAAUACAAAGUGUUUGCUUAGAAAGUUUUAUCAACCUCUUGUCACAUACAGUACAUAUAUCUACAUUUAUCCAAACAUGGGUGUUCAUAUUAAUGCUCACCAUCCAAAGAAUGCUCACCAUCCAACCAUAAAUGUUUUAAAUUAUGCAUGCACUUAUGAAUACUGUUUUAAUGUAUGUUUUUUUUAUUCUAUAUAUAAAAAUAGUUUUGAAUGUGACACUAAAGGUAAUAGUCAUGAAGGCAACAAUCUUGAGUGGUAAAACUAUCCUACAAGUAAACACAGCACUCCUCUCAGGACUCAAGUCUA